CCCCCCCCUGUCUGUGUCUGCUGUCACUUGCUGGUGGCCCCCACACACACAGAUGUCAGGCCGCAGGGUUGGCUUCUAUCUCAGCGACAAGAAACGCAGGAGGAUGAACCUGGACGCUUUUGCAGACUUCUGUGCGGGACAUGGAGUGGAAGUGGUGGAGAUUGACCUCACUCAGCCACUGUUGGGACCCUUCGAUGUCAUUGUCCACAAGCUGUCUGAUGUCAUCGUGGAGGCUGAGCAUGACAGCCAAUCGCAGCAGCUCCUUGCCAACUUCCAGAGCUAUGUGUCAGCUCAUCCCAGUACAGUUCUUCUGGACCCCCUGCCUGCCAUGACCCAGCUACUAGACCGCUUUGCCUCUUAUCGGAUUAUGAGCAAGCUGCACAGUUCGCUCCAAGACUGGCAUAUCUGCAGUCCUCCUUACCUAGAGAUCCACAGUGCCAGUGACCUGUCAUCCAUUCAACAGGCUGUGAUGACCCAGGGCCUAAGCUUUCCUCUCAUUUGUAAAACCAGAGUGGCACAUGGCUCGCUUUCCCAUGAGAUGUCUCUGAUCUUCAGUGCAGGGAGUCUGGUUGAUAUCCAUCCUCCCUGUGUGCUCCAGAGCUUCAUCAACCACGGAGCUGUUUUACACAAGGUGUUUGUGGUAGGAGACAGACACUUCAGCGUAGAGAGGCCCUCACUGAAGAACUUCCCCUCCGGUCCCUGUGACAGGAAGACCAUCUUCUUCAACAGCCAUCAGGUGUCCAAGCCAGAGUCAAGCUCCGAUCUCACAGCAAUGGAUGAGCAGAUUCCAUGCCUGCCACCUCCCAGCUCCGAGGCCGUGGCCGCCCUGGUCAGAGAGCUCCGUGUUCAGCUUGGCAUGGCCCUGUUCGGUGUGGACGUCAUCAUCAACAUACAAACACACACCCUCACCGUCAUCGACAUCAACAUCUUCCCAGGUACUGCAGCUGUACAGACACACACAGAGAGACAUGGCGAUGUUCUGAUACACCCUUCUCUCUAUCAGGCUAUGAGGGAGUGCCCCAGUUUUUCUCCUGUCUGCUCAGCCACAUCGAGUCAGUGUUGGACAAACAGACCUCUGCUGUCCCCCAGGCUACUGCCUCUCCUGAGUCAACACAGACUACAGGUGGUCCAUCUGCUGCCUGCUCACCUCAGGAACAGAUCGCGGACUGUACUGUUUCAUCAGCUUCCCCGGACAAAUAAACCACAGUUUUGUUUUUUUACUGUAGACUGUACUGUAGCAAGACUUUGCUUCAAUUGUAAUUCUAAGCAGUUAUUUAUUUGUAAUUUGUAACAUGACUCGAUCUGAAACUGUAUCGCUGUAAAUCACACUAAUAAUGUUGUGCUGUAAGUGAUUCUGCUCUAUUUACAAACCAACGAGAUGACACAUAAUGGUUUAAUACACUUUCUGUUUAUUGAUUGACAGGUAGCAUAGAAGAAGAUACAGCAGGCACAAAAUACAGCACUCUGAUUGGCCAGUAAUAUUACAAAUGGUGUUUUUGUUAUAAUUUUUCCCCCUGUUGUUUAAAAUGUCCUCAAUGCCCUUAUGUCACCCCACCCCCCACAGACAUUUCCUACAUCUUUCUUGCUGGUUUGUAAGAUACAUUUUGUGGAAACAUUUUGCACUUCUAUAGAAAAAGAAAACUACAGUACAUUAAUUUUUCAUUUAUUCUCAAGUGAACAAACGUCUCAUCUUUGGAAUAGACAGCAAUGAGCUCAUCAGUGUUGACUGAUCAUGUGUGUUAUUACUACGUGUUUACACAAGGUGACCGGCUUGUGACCGACUUUGCCAGUGUUCAAAUACUUAAAUGUAUUGUAAAUCUUGGCUGUGUAGAAAAAGAGAGAUUAUAUCUGCUAUAUGAGUACUAUAUGAUGCAUUUUGAUUACAUAUUUAAAUACAUGAAAUAAUUAAU